GCUUUCUCUUCGUUACCUUCAUCGUUGCGCUGCAUCGCCGCCCUCGUCGCUCUCCAAUAGUCGCGCAGGCAAGCCCUCUCAACGUCAAGUUUCGCGGGCGCCUGUCCCACGCAUAGUAAUGACCCGACUCUCCGACGACGACCCUUCGGAUCCUAACGACGAAGACUUCAACACGCUAUUCGACAGGGUAUGGGUGGGAUAUUCACCCGAUACGAGCACGAAAUUAGAAUCUAAUGGCAGUAAAGUGAAUGGGAGCAAAUGGUCUCUGAAUAAUGAUCCACCAGAGAUAUCGCCAGUGUCGUCGCCGUCAAAGACGACAGCAGCAAGGCCGCCCGCGAGAGUCCGGCCAUUACCUCCAACGCCGGUCUCUUCUACGACCACUUCGCCCGUCUCGCAGGAUCUUGGCAUCCGGCAGACUAGCUUUGACGGUUACAUGUCGUCAGUAGAUUCGACGAGCCGACAACUACCUCCACCACCAGGAUCCUCUAUCCGUAUAUCCGACACCCCUUCCGUAGCACCUUCGUUCCACCUAGAUGGCACCAUUCCAGACUAUCUGCCAUCUUCCAAUGGCGCCCACAUUUCAGGUCCUACCACCAGUCCCCAGAGCUCCAUCAGGCCGGCGAUUCCAGGCUCGCAGUCGAUCCCAGCUCACACCUAUGUCGAGUCUCCAACUUCCAAUCUCCACGACCACGAAGAUACACCGGAAUACAGUUCUCCUACUUCUCCCUUUUCCGCGGCUGGAUUCAGGCAAGGCAGUACGUACUCGACAAGUCCGCCGGAGCCUUGGCUUCCUCCUGGUGCACACUCUCCCUAUGAUGGAUAUGUGGAUGGCUCUCUAACUGGAUCAUCGGGUUACGUGAAUUCCCAUUCCCCUGCCGCCCCCACAGAUAUCGGCCUUGCCCGAGGUGAUUCAACGGGAUCUCAUGCAGAGUCUGAUCAUUAUUUUACGUUUGGUGGGUCGAGCGCAAGUGUUGCAGGGCCGAGCACCUUCAAUCGAAGACCGACUGAGCUUCUCCAAGCGAUCUCGACGUAUGAGGAGGACAAGACGUCACAGCUCGAACUGCAACCGGAGGCUGAGGAAGAGGAUCAAUACUGGGAGGAUGAAGAAGAGGACGAGAACCUUUUCGUGAAUUUCUCCCUCUUGUCCCAUAUUGCUGUCCAGCUGCGUGACAAAGUGCCCCGAGGGACUCACGUAAAAGGAAGCAUACCUUAUCCGCGCGCAUUCACCGGAAAAGAUAUUGUGUCUACGAUACAAUCUCAAAUACAACGAGAGUUGGCCAUAAACCACGGCUUCUCAACAAGCGACCGGCGGGCCGCGCUUCAAGUCGCUCGAAGUCUGCAAAGCCAAUUGUUUUUCUAUGAAGUUGAGUGGGGCGGCCAGGUACUGCAGGACGGCGUGGAGGAUGUGUACAUGUUUCUAGAUGAUCUUCCUGGAGCAUCAGAUGAACCUCCAGAGAGGGCAGAACUUCCAACAGGUGUCGUCACUGUCCUGACCAAGUGUUAUUCUCCGGGGUGCGAUGAAGGUGCCGUUUGUUAUUCCCCUCGAUGUCCACGCAAGGGCGAUUCGGUCGUUGGCCCUUCGGCUGGACCUGAAACCACUACCGUGGCGAGUAGACAGGAAUGGAUUAACACGGUUCCGCGAGAAGUUCUAGUCUCACUACCCGAGAGUGAGAUCAGCCGGCAAACCAUAAUCCACAAACUCAUUGAUAAGGAAGAGCAAUAUAUUCAAGACUUGAAUCUCGUCGAAUCUGUCUUCAUUCGGCCUCUGCGCAAUGCAAACCCUGCUGUCAUCCCUUCUUCCGAGUUGGACGACUUCAUCGACGAAGUCUUUGGCAACAUUCUAGAUCUUCGGGAAUGCAAUCGCAGACUUCUAGAGGUCAUGUAUGUACGGCAGCGUGAACAGUUUCCAGUCAUACAACGCAUUGGUGACGUCUUUUUGGACGCUGCCACCGAGUUUCGUUGGGCGUACCCGGUCUACAUCGGACACCAUCCUUUGGCCGAGAAGAGGCUGAAAGAGGAGAUAGAAAAUAAUUCUGAAUUUCGACUGUUCAUUGAGCAAUGUGCUCGUGAUACCGUGCGGCCUGGAGAGUCCAUGCGCUUGGAUUUGAAGCUUUUUCUCAAUCGCCCUUCAGAACAUUUGCAAAAAUAUCCAGUUUUACUGGAAGCCAUCUACAAUGAGACUGCACACGGCAAUCCCGAUGGUGACUUCCUGUUGGAGGCUAUAGAUGCCAUCAAAAAUCUGCAGUCGGUUGCUCAGCUGCGCACGUUCCAGUCGGCAAUGGGGAGAGGUGCCCCCGGAAAGUGGGAAUGGCACGAUCUCGUCUCAAAUGAGCUCCGACAGAGCUUGACUAAAGACCAAUCCAAGCGGCAGUCGAUUAUAUUUGAGCUCAUCAAAGGUGAGAUGGCAUACGUCAAAGAUUUGGAAAAUAUCGAUGUGAUGUACAUUCGCCCACUACGCGCUGCUGAUCCGCCCAUUGUUCCUCGGGAGACACUGGAGAAAUUCAUAACCGACGUAUUCCACAAUUUCGCCGAGCUGCAUGCUCACCAUCGACGGCUGGUAGAGAAAUUCCAUGAGAUCCAGCGAGAGGAGCAUCCAAUCAUCCGAACGAUCACUGCAGCAGUCUUUGAUGCCGCCUUGAACUUCCGUGACGCAUACAUGGAGUAUAUCCCCAACUACCCGAUCGCGGCUUAUAGAAUCGACGAUGAAAUGAAUAAUAAUCCGGCGUUCAAACAAUUCGUCGAGCAAUGUGUCAAGCACCCUGAUGCUCACCGAUUGGAUAUGAAGAGCUUUAUUAAUCGUCCAAUACCUAGGCUUCUGCGAUACGAACUUCUGUUGAAGGGUAUUUUGGAUGAAACUCCACCUGGCCAUGAUGAUAAACGCGAGAUACCCGAGGUCUUGGAUGUCAUCAAGGCGCUCGGAAAAGAUACUGAACCAGGUGUUGUAUCAGCCAAGCAGAAAGUGGAACUAUGGCGGUACAAUUCGAAUAUCACAUUCAAGAACGGAGAGUGGAUUGAUAUGGAUUUGCUUGAUGACAACCGCUCAUUAAUUCAUACUGGAAAGCUCCUACGGCAACCUGAUGGUGGACUGGAAUGGAAUGGGUGGAGUGAACUGUUCGUUCUUCUGUUCGACAACUACUUGGUUAUGACGAAGCCUCGGGAAGAUCGUAAUGGUGUGCUGAAGUAUCAUCCCAUCCCUCUUGAUCUAUUGACGCUUGUCAAUUUCACCGACCCACCCGCUCAACGUGGCACUGGUCUUCUCCGGAAUCUUCGAGGUGAACGGCAUGAUUCUCUCCCUGGAAACGCUGGAGUCCGGUCUCCCGAGAGUGCUUCGGAUUCGCGAUCUGUGUUUCCCUGUACCAUUCACCACAAUGGUCGGCUAGGAGGAAACUACAUUCUCUAUGCUGAGUCUGCCCAAGUACGCUCGGAGUGGAAGCAGAAGCUAGAAGAGGCUAUGGGACUUCGUAAGGUUGUGCAAGAAUCCAACAAAGUUUUCGAAGUUGAGACUCUGAGCUCGGACACGUUUUUGGUGCCUUCAAUGACGUCAGGUCAAGCGGCACCGUCGUGGAAUCUUGAAAACUCCUUCACCGGAAAGGUCACCUGCUCCGUACCAUUCAACACUUCUGAUGGACGAGGACUUGUGGCUAUCGGGUGUGCCGAAGGAGUAUGGAUUGGCUUCAGACAUGAUUCACGAUCCAUGCGACGAGUGCUUCAUCUCAAGAUGGUAACGCAAUGCGCCAUGUUAGAAGACUUUGGCAUCUUUCUGGUAUUGGCUGAUAAAUCUCUUUUCGCGUACCACAUUGAGGCAUUGGUACCUUCGUCACCACAGAGCAGUCAUGCCUCACAGACUCCUCAGAAACUGAACGGAAGCAAGGAUGUUUUGUUCUUUAGCGUUGGGAUGCUACAGGGGCGCACAUUAGUAGUUUAUAUGAGGAGAAAAGGCCUCGAGAGUAUCUUCCAUGUCGUUGAACCAGUCGUGGAUAAAAUCAACGAAAAGGUCAAGUCUACACCUGCGAUCACAUCCCGAUUCGGGUUCCGUACCCCAAAAUCCGACUGGUUCCGACACUACAGGGAGUUCUUCGUUCCCUCAGAAGCCUAUGAUGUUGUUUUCCUAAAAGCUAAAAUUGCUAUUCUUUUCACCAAAGGGUUUGAGAUCAUGGAUUUAAUGGACUUCAAAAGUAAAACUAUUCCCACACUGAAGGAAGGCUUUGCGCCCCUGGCCAAACGAUGCGAAGGGUGUCGGCCACUAGGAAUGUUCCGGUCAAAGGAGCACGAAUUCCUCCUAUGCUAUGACGAAUUCGGUUUAUACGUCGACAAACAUGGUGAACCCAGCCGAACAACGACAGGUACUAUCGAAUGGGAGGGAACGGCUGAACGUGUCGCCAUUCAUUCGCCUUACAUUCUCCUCUUUGAUACGCGUUUCAUCGAGGUCCGACAUAUCCAGACUGGCAGGCUGGUCCAGAUCAUCCCUGGCCAUAAUAUACAUUGCAUCUGGGACGGUCGAGGUACGGACUUGGCGAGCGCCAACAUCGUCACACCGGGUGUCGACGACGAGCGCAUGAUCCAGGAAGCACGUAUUCACUGUGUUUCAUCCAAUGACAGCAUGUUUACUGGCCGCCACUCAAGGGCUAUAGCUCAGCACGUAUUCGAACUUAUCCCUACCCUCCCAUUGUACCUCCCAGGAUCUCUCUCAUCUCCUUCUACGGCCACUUACUUCCCACGUACAUAUUCUCCACCUCAUUCGCCCCAGCUUCGGGCGAAUCACUCCUUCAGUGCAUAUUCAGCUACAUAGUAUACCAUGCAUUUUUGUGAUAUCAUUUAUGGAAGAUCCUAAUUUAUAUUUCAACGAA